AUGACAGAUACUUCAAAUCCCACUGAACCUGAUAUAAAUGAAUUACAAAAGGAAAUAAUUAAAUUUAUCGAAUAUUUUGCUCAAAUUAGUAGGAUUAGAGUCAAGGAUAAUAAAUUUAUUCAGGAGAAAAUUAAACAAAUUUCUAUACAAAGAGUGAAAUUUCGAAAAUUUGCUGAAGAGUCUAUAUCUCAAGGUCUAAAAAUGUGCAAUCAUGCUGAAGAUUUAAUUGUGUUUGCCGAAUGUUGUAAAGAUGAUGGCAUUAGUAAGGAGGACCUGACGGAAUCCUUAAGAUUACUAUUAAACGAUUCUAAGUUGUAUAAAUCAGAAGCUACAUUAUUAAGGAAACAAAUUGAAAAUAUUAAAAAUUCUUUAGGUAGAAUUGCUAAAGAAAUUUCAGAAUAUAAUGACGAAAUUACCAAAGAACAAAAAGAUUUAUCAGAUAGAAUUGAUACGGAAAAUAAAAAAACAGAUGAUGCAAAAUCAAGUGCAAAACGUAGUAAAGUAGUAGCCGGACUUGGUUUGACUGCUGCAGUUGCGUCAUUGCCGUUCACAGGGGGAGUCUCUUUAGUUGUCUUUGGGCUUGGUACCUUUGCUUAUAGUGGAGGGUAA